GCAGCUCCUCAGGCGGGUUUUAGAGAAGUGGAUUUGAACCUCUAUCAUUUAGCAGAGCUGGACGCGAAAAAUCACAGCCUGGCCGAUGAAAGGUGCCGAGAGGAGGACUGCAGUCAGCACAAUGUGGUGGUAGCUUCCCUGACACGACUUUAAUCAGUCAGGAUGUUCAGGUACAUGAAUUUCACCUGUCACGUGACCAUCCUAUGACUGUCUGAAGUCACACACCUGAGCAUAACCUAUGUGAAGUGUUGGAGGAAGCUGACAAGUUUUGUUUGUUUUUGCUUUUUUUUCCCCUCCACCUGAAGGAAUCACAGCAGGAAAACCAAACGACCCAAAGCUGACGACCUCAGCAGGGAAACCCUGACCUCACUGGUUUUUAGAAAUGGAUCGGCCGCUGCAGGGAGGACAGUCGUCCCGGCGCUGCUGUUCUUACAGCACCCUGAAGUCCUGGCUGCCCAUUCUCUCCUGGUUACCCAAGUACAGGGUGAGGUACCUGCAGAUGGACCUGUUGGCGGGCCUCACUGUCGGGCUGACCACCGUACCGCAGGCUCUCGCUUACGCUGAAGUGGCCGGACUUCCUGUUCAGUACGGCCUCUACUCUGCCUUCAUGGGCGGCUUCAUCUAUACGCUCCUGGGGACAUCUAAGGACGUGACACUGGGUCCAACAGCCAUCAUGUCCCUCCUGUGUUUCUCUGUGGUGGGCGGCCAGCCUCACCGGGCCGUCCUGCUCAGCCUCCUCUGUGGGGUCAUCCAGGCCGCCAUGGCGCUACUCAGACUGGGAUUCCUGCUGGAUUUCAUCUCUUACCCUGUAAUUAAAGGAUUCACCUGCGCUGCUGCAGUCACCAUCGGCUUCGGCCAGGUCAAAAAUAUUCUGGGAAUCCGGGAUGUUCCCCACCAGUUCUUCCUGGAGGUUUACGACACCUUCCACAAGAUCCCAGAGGCCAGAGUGGGCGACGUGGUCCUGGGCCUGGUUUGUCUUGCUCUGCUGAUCACACUGAUGUUCAUCAAGUCACAUCCGGGCUCUGACCAUGGAUCAUCACUCUACUCCAGAUUCGCCAGGAAACUGGUGUGGGCUGUGGCCACCAUGCGUAAUGCGCUGGUGGUCGUGGCUGCGACUCUGGUGGCGUUUUCCUGGGACGCUUUUGGACAUCAUGUGUUCACCAUCACUGGGCACACGACUCAGGGACUCCCACCGUUCAGCCCUCCGCCCACCUCGGACACCACGUCCAACGGCACCGUCGUCUCUUUUAGAGAGAUUAUAGAGGACUUUGGAGGAGGACUAGCUGUGAUCCCUCUCAUGGGUCUGUUGGAGAGCAUUGCUAUCGCCAAAGCUUUUGCCAGUCAGAACAACUACAGGAUAGAUGCCAACCAGGAGCUGCUGGCCAUAGGCAUGACCAACAUCAUGGGCUCCUUUGUGUCAGCGUACCCCAUCACCGGCAGCUUCGGACGGACAGCGGUGAACUCUCAGACGGGGGUUUGCACCCCAGCUGGAGGCAUCAUCACCAGUGUGAUCGUGCUGCUGUCGUUGGCCUUCCUCAUGCCGGCUUUCUACUACAUCCCUAAAGCUUCUCUAGCUGCCGUCAUCAUCUGCGCGGUGGCUCCUAUGGUUGAUUACCGUGUCGUAAUAAAGAUGUGGAAGAUGCAUCGGCUGGACCUGCUUCCUUUCGGGGUGACGUUCCUGCUGAGCUUCUGGGAAGUGCAAUACGGCAUCAUCGGAGGUGUGGCCGUCUCUGGAGCCCUGCUGCUGUACGCCAUGGCCAGACCCAAGAUGAAGGUGUCUGAUCACGGCGUGUUGGUGAUAGAGUUGAGCAGUGGGCUCAGUUUUCCUGCUGUGGAGCAUCUGAGCCACUUCAUACACACUCAGGCUCUGCAGACCUGUCCUCCGAGGUCUGUGGUGUUGGACUGCCAUCAUGUGAGCAUCAUAGAUUUCACAGUGAUCAGCGAGCUGACGGACCUGCUGAGGCAGUUCAAACUGAGAAAGGUCAAGCUGGUGUUUUCCGGACUGCAGCCCGCCGUUCUGAAGGUUCUCCUCGCAGCUGAUCUGCAAGGCUUCAGAUACACCGACAGCGUGGAAGAGGCGCUGCAGAUGGAUUCAGCGAGCGACUAAAACCCGACCUGAUGGACCUCCGCCUGCAGUCUAAACGUUUGAGUUUAGACAGACUUUUUCUUAUGCGGGAUUUUUAAAACGCACGUUACUGACAGUCGAAGGAAAAUCUCAGAAACACUUAAGAUUUUCUCUGCUAAAUGUGUGUCAUCGCCUUUACCUAAAUUAACAUUCCAGUAUGUUUGAGGAGAAGUUUAACACCAUGUUGUUUUCGUGUUUUACAUUUUGUAUAAAUAUCUAUUAUGUUUUUUCCUUUUCUUCCAUUAACCAAGUUAGAUUUUAAGAAUUUUAAAAUGCAAGGGAUGCUUCAAGAAAAACUAACAUUGAAUAAUAAUGUGUUUUCUUAAUUUAUAAAGGAUUUCAGGGAAAGUUAAAUAUUUUCUUUAUGUGGAUGGAGAAGUUCUGUCAAUACAUAAAUGUCUUUGACAAAAUCCAUAUUUUUUACUGGAACCUUUUUUUCAAAUAAACACAAUUUUUUUAUUCUUGUGUCUUUGUGUCUAUUUAAGUGUUCGCUGUAGUAUAAUGUGUAGAUUAAUUUAAAUACUUACAUUUUGACAAGAAAAAACAUUGUUCAUUUCCCAGGUUUCAACAUUCUUGCAGCUGAGAGAAAAAGUAUUCUCUUGCACCAGUUUUUUUUUUUUUCCAAUUUUUAAGCAUAAAUUUGCAACUAAAUGAAGCUCACAAGCUGUGGUUCAUCAAGAAUAAAAAAAUGUAUAAUCACCAUUAUAAUUAUAAGUCUGCCUCUGAAUGUAUCAAGACAAAAAAAA